AUGGAUGAGUACAUCUUCCGUUUUCGGUAACGAGAAAUGUUAUAAAAUGCAAUGAGUGACAUGGAAGGGCUGUUACUAGCAGGAUAUAAAUGGCUACAUAAUUAAAUUUAUGUUUACUUAAGUAACAAACUACUUACAGUUAUAACAAAUAAAGUAACUACAGUUUAACACAUUGAUGAACUUUGCCAAGUAGAAGUGCGUUUGUGGUGUCUCACUGUAGUCUCUCUUUCCUAAUUUUCCUUCUUCUUCUUCUUCUUCUUGUUCUUGUUCUUGUUCUUCUUCUUCUUCUUCUUCUUCUACUACUACUACUACUUCUUCUUCUACUUCAUCUUCUUCUUCUUCCUCGCUUUUUCUUCUACUUCUUCUUCUUCUUAAAAACAACUGAGUUUCCAACUUCUUUAGGAAUACUCGUUUGAUUAUGCCAGGAUCAAAGUGCCGACGGUUGUGAUUACAUCUAAGCAAUCAUUAUGUUGACUUCUUAGUCACAAUUUGUCACCACGCGAUUGAAAUGUAACUGGUUUGUAUUCCAAAGUAUUGCGCUACCAUAAAUGGCUAGGAUAGCGUCUGGGAUAUCAAAUAAGGCCUUGGAUAACCUUAAAGACAAAAGCGAAGUUGCUGUAAAUAUUUGUGGUUUCAAGCCAAGUUCGCAAUUCACAUUGAAAUUCUCAGACAUGCUGGUGUGGCAUUCGAACCCAGGACAAAAGGGUAAGGGUUGAAUGUGCCCAGGAUUUAACCAUAUGAUCCAUGGCGUCCUAACCGAGGAUCUUACGCUUUUCCCAUUUUGGACAACUACUUCGCACUUCCUGGAACGUAUGGAGUGAUCAAAGCUGAAACAUCAAACUGCCUCCUCAAGCAGGCUUUCCUAAGCAGUCAAUCUGCAGUCCACGAGAAGAUCGUAAAAGUUGAAUACUUCACUAAAUUCCCCAUUGGCAAUACUCAAGCCCUGAACUUGCCGUCAUUUGUUCGACUCCCAACGACGCAGUAGUUAUUAACCAUUGGGAAUUCUGCAUUCACUUAUCAUCUUCUAUAGAUCGAGCACGGUCGAAACCGUGCAAAGAAUCAUCAGAGUUGAAAAUAAAAGUCCCACAUUCUACCUAAACAGUCACCGUACAGAAAUAUUAAUGACUGGUGGCUUUUUCUAGCAAUGACUGGCAUUAAACGGUUCAUUACCUAACGUGUCAAAUCGGACCGCAAAAACAUUGAUUGUUAACAAAAUACUGAAGGCAGUUAAGCAAGAUUAGUCCAUCAAAUCAUUUAAGAGAUUUUGUGUAAUAUUGUCUAUCUAAGCCAAAAAACACCACUGCAUCAGGAUUUUGAACACCGUGCCAGCUGAAUCAAGGGAAAGGUUCAACGUCUUAAUUAACGAGCUGUUGUGCGCCUUACACCGAGCUUAUUUCCCCCAUACUGGCUGUCAUCGUGAUGACAUUUACAGCUCUACUACGACUGCGACGUUGGUCUGCGACAGCCCAAUGACAGGACUGGGCAGCAGCCGUGUCAUUGUCGUCGUCUUUUACAUAAUUUCCAUUUUCUUCCAUUCGUGGUUGAUAAGGUCUCGGAUGCUGAAUGGCAAAAACAUUCAAGGGAACGGACUCACGAUGGUGACGGGGAGGCCGGUGCAAAGACUGAGGUCGCAGUCUGUCCUUCGUCGAUAAGUCUGCAUCAAUUUGGCCUUUCCUUGGCAUACGGGGCUUGUAUGUUGGCAUGUCUUGCUGGCUGUCCGGCACUUACCUCGCCCCAUAUCCUUCUGGAUCUUCGCUUCGAACGAGACUGAAAUAUUUCACGAACCAUCAUGGAAAAAUUUCAGGCAACGAGCCUCGGCAAAUAGAUUUUAAUCAUUUCCAAUGUAUGCGUCCAAACUUGCCUGUGAGGCAGAUGAAGAAAGGUCAGAAAUUCUCAAUGUCUUGGUUGCCCAAUAAACUGCAAGUUCUACUAAGAACCUACCACGUGAAUAUGUCAUUUGCAAAUUUACAUUUAGAGCAAGCCUGGAGUGUGAAGUAGCCCAGUUGAGAGAUCGAUAUUAAGUCAUGAUGAGUGUCAAAGAGAGUUUGCGUUCCGACUUAGUGGAAGCGAAGAAGACCCUUAUUAACUGUCAGGAGGAGAAAGCUGAGGCGGAAGAAAGUCUCAGGCGCCUGAGCAACCAACUGGAGUUGCAGGUGACAGGGAGCCAGAUAAAGUUUUAAAGCGUUCAAGAAAUGCAGAAAGCUUAUUUAGUUAGGCCACACCCUUUCCACGAGUCUUCCUUGCUAAUCGUAAAUUGUAAGUGAAGCAGUAGCUUUGGGGUUUUCCAGACUUGGAAGAAGAGAAUAAUAUCAAAGGAAGACAGCUGGAGGUUUUGCGUGCGGAUCUCAAUAGUGGUGAAAAGUGCUACCUAGUAUAAUGCUGCUAGAAUAAUGGGGCCGACUGUAUGUCAUAGUGCCUGACAUACUUCCGACAAUUUAUUUUCUUUUGCCUGAAAUCUUUUCAUGAUGGUUCAUGAAAAGGUUGCAGUUUCGUGCCAAGCCACGAGCAAGCAGGAUACGGGGUGAGGGUAGUGCCGGACGGUCAACACGACGUGCCAGCCUGCAAGCCACGUAGGCCAAGGAAAGGCCAAAUUGGUGCAGAUUUAUCGACAAAGAACAGACUGAGACCGCCGUCUUUGCACAGGCCUUCCUGUCACAGUUGUGAGUUCUUUACUUUUAAUAUUUUAGCCAUUCGCCAUCUGAGACUUUAUCAAGAAUUACUUAGGAAGUCCUGCUUGGGCAGUCAACUUACUGUUUCAGAUUUGGUGGAUUGCAGACGUUGCAGAAGGUUGGGCGGGUAACUUGACCCAGAUGUGAUUAAACUCGCGUCGACCGGCGGGGCCUUGUAGCUCAGGUGGUUAUAGCGUUGGCAGCGAUAAAGCCUUCCCCUUACUGCGUGGGUUCGAAUCCCAUCGAGGCGCCGAGUUUUUCACAGUUGGGUGAAUGCGAAAUAGCAGAAAAUUAAAAUUAUGUUAGGGACGACGACGAUGACACCGCUGCUGCCCAGUCCUGUCAUUGGGCUGUCGCAGACCAACGUCAGAGUCAUGGAUGUAAUCACGAGAGCAGUCAACCGAGGGAAAGUGAGCUCGGUGUAAUGCGCUGAACAGCGCAUGGAGUAUGGUAUUGACCCUCACCAUUGAUUUAGCUGAAACAUUGUCCAGAAUACUGACUAGUGGUGCUUUGUGGUUUAGAUAGACAAUAUUACACAAAAUCGCCUGAUUGAUUUGAUGGACUAGUCUUGCCUAACUGCCUUCAGUAUUUUGCCAACGCUUAGUGUGCGAUCCGACCAGACAUGUGAGGCGAUCAUAGUUUUAAUGCUAGUCACCGCUAGAAAAAGUCAGUGUAGUUUGACUCUCAGUUGUGACUGUUUUAAUAGAAAGUGGGACUUUUAUUUUAAGCUCUGAUAAUUCCCCGAAUGGUUGCCACCGUGGUCAAUUUGUAGAAACAUGACAACUAAACACUGCAUUCCCAGUGGUCGAAAACUGCGGCGUGGUUGGAUUCGAACAAAUGAAAGAAAGUUCAGAGCUCAAGUCCGUGCUAAUGGGGUAAUUCAAUGAGAGUGUUGGACUUUGACGGUCAGUUCGUGGAUUUCAGAUUGAUUGCUUAGGAGAACCUGCUUGAGAAAGCGGCUUGCUGUAUUAGAUUCGGUGAACUCUAUACGUUGCAGCAGGAAAUGCGAAUAACCUGCCUAGAAUGUGAAAAGCAUAAGAUCCCCGGUUGGGACGUCAUGGCUCAGAUGUUUAGGGCCUGAACACAUCAAACCUUGCCCUUGUUGUCUUGGAUUCGAAUACCACCGCAGUCGACAUAUUUUUCGCUGGUUGGCCCUGAAGGAGAAAUAUGGAGCAGCGUGUUUGGUACUUGAAUCGGGUAGCAGCAAAUUAGUUGGACGUUAAGAGGUAAGGGGAGAAAACAUGUAAAAAAUGAGGAAGAACGCGACUAGAUAAGCAAUGCUUGUGUGUCAGAAUCUUACAUAAGCUUGAAGAUAUUUGUUUUUCUGUCACAUGCUCUCAUGAUUUACUGCGAAAACGUCCAUGCUGUCGAGAUACCUGUUCCAAAUAUCUGAUUCACUCUGAGUGGAUGAGUCGACAACAUGUCCAGUGUGGAAACGUGUGGGAUUAUCGCGGGAAUGGCCUCCAGUUGCAAGCAUAAUACUUUGUGCUUAGAUUGGCCAUUUUGUGCGUCCAUGGUUCAGAUAAUAAGCAUUUCUGCCAUUCCCAUCUUCCUGCACAUUUAGUCCAACCGUGCCUCCAGUGCUUUAUGCACCAUUGACAUCGGUCUUUUAUUUCUUCGCGCUGAAUUAGAACUACAGAUCUUGCUUCCCUUCAUGUCCCAUGGUUGUGUCACGUGGGACCUGGUGCCAUGGUACUGUGCCAAGUAUAGUUGGUGCGGUUACUUUAUGAUUCGCCAAAUCCCGCUGGCUAUCUUUUGUUCUUUUUUGCUUUCGACAGGUUGAAUUUCUCACUGGGAUACCUUGCGGAGAUAGCGAAAGCAAGACUCAGCGGAGGCUGUCGUCGCUGUGACAAACCCGAUUUUAAGGCAACCAGUUUUCAAUUGGUGUUAAUCCUAACUGUGAUUUCAACUACUAAUCCUCCUUCCGCUCCCCGCCUCCCCCUCCCACAGUGAUUUAAGGACUAUUUUUCUAAUUAUCACGUUUGAUCUGAUUUGUAUACGAUUAUUUUGGUGAUUUGAAUAGACUCUUGUAUGGCUUACUGUUCUACAUACUAUUGAUAUCCAUUGGGGCAUUGGAUUUCGCGGCAUUUAUUUGCAACCUGGUUUCCCAGACUGUGAGCGUUUUGUUUGUUGUGCACUCCUAUUCCCACAAGUUCGAAUUCUUGAGGUGUUGUUCUGUGCAUUUGAGGAGUUUAUCGCAUAUCCCGAUGGAUAAAUUCAUCUGAUGAGGAGAUAAUAGACCACGUGCUCAAUGGCUUCUCUUAAGUUGAAAGGAACACUGUAAGAGUCAACCGUAUGCAUCGAUUCGCUAACACAUAAGCGGAGUGUACGGAGUGCAGUGGGCUGGGACCCGGGAUUUAUUUGUGCGGUCACCCCAGUCUCGUUGAUUUAGUUGGAUGGAGGUUGCCCAGCUGUACUUCGACUGAAAAUUGCUGCUACAGAUACCAUGUCGGUAGUUGCCUCGCACCUGGAUUACCAUAAACAACAAUAACUGUCCCCAUUCUCCCGCCUCCCACAGGCUGCCAUAUUGUCUCUGCUCACUCUGGUAGCCUGAAAUGCUCGGCCUCUUUUGGACAGUCCAAGGUUAGAACGGCCAGAAUGUACGGCCGCGUUGGUUGUCCGCGAACUGACGCGCUACAAAGUCAACAUUGCUGCUCUCAGUGAGGCCGGGAUCUCUGACAGGAGAAAACUGGAUAGGGUGCCUGACGUGAAGAACAAGUCCUAGGAAGACCUGUGCGUCGUCCUUGCCAGUGUGCCGGUGUCGGACGAACUGGUUUUCUUUAGUGACCUCAAUGUCGGCAUCGGCACAGACCACAAUCCUUGAGGGAGGAAUAAUAGGUCUAUAUGGGAUCGACAAAUGCACCAGCAAUGGCAUUCUCCUGCUGAAAGCACGCGCAAAACGCAGGAUUCACCUUACCAAGACACUCUUUCGCCUCCCGACUGGGGGAUGGGUGACGUCCCUGGCAUCUGCUGGGCUACAACCGCCUUCGGAGGCGUGGUCGAUACGGAGUGCUGGUGACUUGGGCGAUGUGUGGUACCGACUGCUGAAGGGAUCAACGUCUCGCCAUCUCCAAGAUGGGGCUCCAGUUUCAUCCAAUAGUCAAACGCGGGGUACGUCAACAUGGGGUAGGAUAAGUAAUGCAUUGGCCGACAUGACUGAACGCCGACUGAAUGUCCGCUGUUGCAUGAACUUCAACCUGGAGCAAAUGCUGAUCCUGGAGGAGCAUGCUUAUGUCGAGGCGCAACGGAGGGAGCCGAGAAAUACAAUCCAAGCUACCCCAAAGGAGACACGCCGUCAACAGUCUUUGGUCCACAAUACCAAGAGAAUACGGUGUACCAGACGGAGCCUCGUGGGGACGAUGUCGAUGCGGAGAUCCAUCUGGCCAGCGAAGUCAUCCUACCGUGCUCUGAGAUACACGCACGGAUACCCUUGUCCUGUUAAGCCCAGCGGUCGAGGCGAUUACCAAGGUGUGGCUGCUAGGAAGAGCCUAGCUUCGGGGAGCCAAGGGUGAGAGUUGGAUGCCAGCCACUGGACUCUAGGCGUAGUCUACACUUGCAAGUAAGUGAGCGACCUACUACGUCCGUCAUACGGUCGUUCGCUAUUUUGCACAACGCUAUCACGUGCCUCGGUUGACAACACGUAGCCAUUGUGAAGAAUUACGGCCGAUCUGCGCGGCAACUGAAAUGACCGUGAUAUCCUCUCAUCGCCAUUCAACAGCAGGGAGCUUGUUGGCAACUCAGGGAAUCGUCUGUCGGAGUAACGUCUGCAUAGCUGUGUGGCUACAUUACUUGGGCCCUUGAUGGUACUGUGAGGGGUUUGUAAAAAGACUCGAAGGAGAAAGCAGAAGAGUUGUGUAGCAUUCCGAAACGAAUACCGUCCUCAUGGAGAUGGACUUAUCAAUGAACGUUACAAACUCCACAGAAUGGGAAAAUCAUAAACAAAUUUGUCUAACAAAAGACGGCCGAAAUCGACGAAAGAUUUGUGCAGACUUGGAUGGGCGAAAAUAAAAGCGGCAGCGAAUAGAAGGAGAGAAUGUUCCCAACGCGAAUCUUCAAGAUAGGGAGCUAACAUUAAGAGGCCUAUAUACAGUAAAAUUUGGAGGUAUUUCAGAAUGAGCAGAGUCAAUAUGGCAGUCUGUGGGAGGCAGGAGAAUGGGGAUGGCUAUUGUUGUUUAUUAUAGUUCUUUGACCUCAUUUUUUGCAUCGCUCAGCCCCGGUCACCUCAUCGACGACGUGUUUUACCAACAACUUGUAGAGAGCCUUUCACAGCUUCCUUUUCCGUGGUGGGUCAAGCUGUGCCCCCCUCCCCUAAACAGAGUAGCUUAUUCACUCAAGUCGACUACGGAAUUCAGCUAUGGGUCACGACGUUUUUUUAGUGGGAAGACGACCCGGAUUUGCCUGGCACACCUAUGGGAUUAAAUGCCACCCUCAGCAGGAUUAGUUACAUUCACUAUUUGUAUUCUUGUUUUGUGCUCAUUUAGUGGAAACUUACGUCUUCUAUAGAUUGUUUACUUGGAUGAAGGUUAGUUUCAGUUCCUAAUGAACUUUUUAACUGUGGGUGCCAUUUUUGCGGGCAACCGGCCUUCUGGCGUGACCGACAUGUCUUGGGUGGCGCUUAAGGAUAAUAAAUAUUAAAACUCUACAUAAGUAAUUUGUUUUGCAGGACAUGUCGGGUGUCCGAGUGGUUGAGACAGCAGUUGCAUGUGCCUUUGACUUAGGCACAUGCUUAGGCUUACUAGGGGUUGCUGGGGUAAUAGGUAGAGGCUUGUUUAUACCAGGCCUGAUGGUGUGUUUAAAAAUCCCAGCAUCAAGAGUAGUCUAAUUCCCUACGGUAUUGACUAUGUCGUGACGUGCAGAGGCCUCAGAUAGUGUUGUAUGCCCAUUUGCACCUUCGAUUUUUCUUCUCACUUCUUCUUAUUCACCUAAACUUUUCUGUACUGUUGUUUCAGCAUGCUUAAAUGCAAACACCUACCGGUUUAGACCUGUGACAAUGCGUGCUCUGUAUUUGCCGUCUGUUGUCAAUGGCCCGUAAAUCACACUUUCUGUGCCUGAAUCAUUUACUCAAGCGCCAUAGAUAUCUGGGGAUUACUUUCAAGUCACACCUUGCCGGACUUGAAUUCAUCCGGGCAACAAACACUGUCAGCAAGGACCAGCUCAUAAACUUUUGGAAGUACCGGAAAUGUACAGUUAUAUUUAGCGACCUGACAUGUGAUCACUAGGGUUUUCAAAGGCCUUGCCUGUUAUUCUUACCAAAUAAACUAAAAAUAAGCUGAAACUGACCCUUACUUUGUAAUGUAUCCUUGUCCUAAAGAAGACGUUAGUUUUUGCAAGUCUGUACAAUAAUUCCACUUUGCCGUUCUUCUCUCGCGUCAUUAAUCUCAGGUUAAACACAACAUCGUAAACUUAGGGAUGUGUGUUCCUGCAUAUAUCAAUAUUUUGAAGUCUUGAUUAUUGUCUAUGCUACAAAAUUUGUGUCACAUAUUUCCUAGAUUUAUACUAAAUUCUGCUUGCCGUAACUGACGUCGAUACAAACACUGGCUCCCGGGAUGAUAAUGACCCCUCCAUCGAAUUGUAUCCGCUUGCGCCGUGUGAAUCACGCGUGUGGUAAAGGAAAACUGAUGCCUCUUUCACAACAAGCCGUAUUACUAGUGGACGCACGCGUUACUCAUAUGUGAUGCGGCAUUUUCUUUCGAUGUCGCCGUUUACGCCGAGGUACUUCUACAUCCUAUUCCUGAUGACGCCCUCUAUAUCCACUCGAAGGAUGUUGCAAUUUAACAUGUGUCUAGGUCGGACAAACGAAUGCUGUGCCAACUUUUCAUGCAGACCAAACUCGAGGAUUAAGUACUUUUGCAACUUCUACGUCAUACGCGCUCGCAAACUUUGGCAGCUAUUUGUUUAUUGGUCUUUAUGUUUCUUUAACGGGCUUUUGACCCACUGUCUCUGUUACGCACUGGGUGGUACUGCUAACAACAGUAGAUAAACUAUCUCGUGAAAUGUAAAUCAAAAUUCUGAAAUGUGUUUUCAAUUCGAAAUCAUUACUUUAGCAGUUUUAUGAUAACGUUAGCGAGCAUUUAACACAUAUUCAUCUACUUUUACACAGAAGUCUCAAAACCCCUUUCUGCGUUUACAAUAAUCCUAAGAUAUUUCUAAUAUACCAGGAUGCUGGAUUCUAAAUGAGAUUUGUUUGACUGCACAGAAAAUAGCUUUUUACUUAGCGCGUAUUUUUUCCAUUGAAUUCCGAUACCCUUGUAAAUGUAAUUAUAGUUCAUAGAAAACGUCAGAAGAAUAUUCUUCUUGUACUUAUUUGGUAGCAAACUACGUCUUCUUCGAAUUGUAUACUUAAAGAAGUGCUAUCUUUCAGUUUUAAAAAUAGUAUCUAAUUAUGAGGCAUUUUGGACCGUGAAAUAUCGAUUCAUUCAUCAUCGCAUCGGCACGUUGAUAACUGAUACUUAUAAAGUGUGUAUGUUGGUCCACACCCAUUGCACAAUUUCAUGGUUGCCAUGUGACAUCUUCGUAUCAACAAGGAGAAGUAUGUGAUCGGAGACGUUUUUAAAAGCUGAAAGACGCUUUCUCUCCGCAAGGUAAUGUCUGAAAGCGACGUAAUUUGCCACCAACUGAGUACAAGACAGAACAUUUUGUGCACCUUUUCUAAAAAAAAUUGAUUGGAUUUAUUAAGGCAUUAAAGAUGGAUGGGAAAAGUUAGUCCAAAUUAAUAGGCAUUUUUCAAAUGUACAGUCAUUACAGACGGCAUUCUUGCUUAACUGAAAAUGCUCUGGCUGUACUAUAAGACAAUAACUAUUAUAGCCCUACCGAAACCUUCUCGAAUUGAAACACAUUCCCAAAUUUUGGUUAACAUGUCAUGAGAUAGCACAUCCUUUGAAAGUCCGCUCAGGCGUUGCAGCAUUACCUGGCUUAUCUCGAACGCCUCUUAGUGCGAGAUUAUAUUACCGAUCAACGUAACUAGCUAAAAGGGAACCCGGAAAGAUGGCGCCGGCUGCCUUUUUUAUAUGUUCUCAUUCACCUACAAUAGCGAGCCCGUCAUUGUAAACUACCGUAUGGCUAAAAAGUGGUUUGGCGACUUUUCUUUUAACCUUUCCAACGUCAGUAAGUCUGAAUGACAUAAAAACUACUAAAUUAUCUGCGCUAGACUGGCCUAAGCAGUUUUUGCCGGCAAUAUCAGCUUCCGCCAUAAUGAAAGGCGACUUCUUGACUAAUUCCAAUCUAAUUAAUUCUAUGAAAUUGUUAUUUUUACAGUGCUGAAUUCCUCAUAAUGAAAGCUUUAUUUUUAAGCAUCUGAACGGCACAAUCCAUACAAGGCGACAAUAAGUGAAUCGGAGAUGUAAUAUGAUGUAGACAGAAGUGAUCUUCAUGAGCUGCCAGGUGAACGAUGGAAUAAGGACAUUGCGCCAUGUAAAGUAAGUAGAUUUUUUAAUGUCCACUGGUGACUUACUCUUCUGCAUACGACACUUGUAGUAACAAAAAUAAUAUUUUCAAGUUCCAAGAUGCCAGUCUUUAGAAAAAGCGGUAAACUACGACCGAAGCAGUAGCAAAAUGCUUCGCAGGUCGCAGAGUCUACAUUAGUCGGCAUUCUUCACAAAAAUAGCAUCAUAAAUGACUGGAAUCUGUCUCAUCAGCCAAUAAAGACGCCAACUUGUGUAGCUGCUUAAAAGUCACUUUCAUAUCUCACUAUCGUACUCCUGUGACACCCCCGGAUCUCCAACUACUGGGUGCACUCAAGGGUCAGUUACUUGGCCCUCUGCCUUAAUUAUGCAGUCGUUUCUAUAACGUUAUUUGACUUUGCCUUCUCACAAACAAUCCAAGUGUUUUUUUGCUACUGCUACCCAGCAUUGCACUUCUGCCGCUGGCGUCACCUGUGCGGCAGGCACAGAAGAUCGAGAUCCAGCCGCUGGUUUCAAAAUCGAAAAUAUGUGGAAGAUAUUAUUUUAAUUUGUUUUUCUGACAAGCACAGUGGCUUUAGCCUUUGUUUUUUGAUUAAAUGUCUUUAAAUACGGGCUUAUCCUUUUAGAGACGUCGUUUGCCUUUUCCUUAUUGAGUUUUGCUAGUUUGUGCCCGCUGAAUACCAGUCGCAUUCUGUAACUUACAGUAAGUGCAUUUGAUUUCUCUCUUACUGUGUAAAUUUUAAAAUUAUUUAGCUCUCGCUAAGAUUUGACCGCCUGAUCCGUCAGAAGUUUAUUUAAUUGCAACCUGUCUCGAGACAAGAUGAGAGCAAAAGUCAGAGGUAGGCGAGGGUUCUCGGCGGGUGUACCUAGGCAUGGCUUAAGUAAAUAUAAGCAGGAAGUGACCAGCCAUUCGUUACUCGUUGUUAAUGGCAGGCAGUUUGAUCUGCCUGCAAUUUAAAACUGCAAAGAUUUAUACUAAAAUUUGGCACUAUGCUCCCAAGCCUGAGAAAAUUGUUCGGUGGAAACAUCCGAUUGUCCCUCUCAAGAAUGCAAACACCUUGGCUCACUCGUUCACCUGGUUGCCAAUAAAUCUGUUAAUAGACAGAAAAGAGCUUACAACCUUUUAUAAAAAAAUUUUCUCGAUCUACAUGCCCAGUUGAUGCUGCGGUUGAUCUCCUGCACUCAUAUGGAUUAAAUUACAAAAUAGCUGAUACCAAACGCCUGUCUUUCCGUAGCAAAAAUCCGCCCGUUUUAGUCGAGUUUUUCAUCAGCCGAGGUUGAUUCAGUCUUUGGCCACUGCGAUCGUGUUUCUGUAUAUCAGGAAAACGCGAAUUCUUUCCUUUGUCAUGAACUUACUACCCUGGAACGUAGAAUUGGGUCCCUUUUCCCACGUAAACCCUCAUUGCCUUAGCCAAAUGCUCACCAACUCGGUUAUAAUACGAGUAGACGCUAGCAUUCAGUUAAUCCUACUCCUGCGAAAUAUGACUCCCUCCUUCCACUUACUUACACAUCUCCCCCCCCCACUCGGGCAACUUGACGCAUUCGUCUGCCUCCAAGUUAGCAACAGCCCUAGUUGUUACUCCUAAUACGCCUGAUAGCCCCCCUAGGAAGCACGAAACUUCGUCUACAUCAGCUGGACCGUUAGCUUUGCCACUUCAACAGGGUCUUCCGAGUUAUCCAUCUAAGUCGCAUGUGGCAUGGCGCCAGAACGGUGUGAUCCAAAAACGGAAUCCGAUUCUGACUUAGAAGAAAAGUUUGUAACUCCAUUCAAUGUUAUGCCGCCUCAAUUUAGAUCUACUAAGCAUUUAAUGCCGAUUUCGUCUGUUUACCCCGUAGCUCCAACCAUAUCGUCAAAUGAUUCUGUCUCGCAUACCGGCUACUUACCAAGGCCAUAUUGUACAUCCCGCAAAUUGUUCGUACGUGAAUCGCCCCCAGUCAUCAAUCUCCUAACCUGGUCCAGGCUUCUCAACACUCAAGGCCGACUGCUCUCGUGUAAGUCAGAUUAUCUCCUUUGAUUUCCAGUCUACACCUGGUUUCCUACCCUCUAAUUCUUAUAGCUGCCUCCCCCCCACUAGCAUCUACCUUCUGGGCUCCCUCCUCCUCCUCCUCCUCCACAAAUGAACUACAGGCAAGCCUAUCCCCGUUCCAAUUUCCUUAG